AUGCGGAUGACGUGGGGAUACCUGGUCGACCACGACACCAUCCACUCCAGGCAAUCCUCCGACGCGACCCUGCCGUCGUUCAAGUUUACUUCGAGCAGGGCCACCGCAUUGCCAAUGCAGGAGAUCAACCACAACAAAGUCAGGCUCAAUUACAACAAGAUCAGGACCGAAUGCAACAGGUUUAGGACCAGAAUCGGUCUCAAGCGAUGGAACCGUGUCUUUGUCGACUACGAUGAACCCUCCGUAUCUGCGUCAUGGGAGAACUUUACACCUGGUGGUGCUGUGCGGCAUACGGACAUGGUCCCAUUCGGCCUUUUCUUCCUAGAAGAGGGAUCGCUGGCGCUAUACCACACCACGAUGCCGCACCGCUGGCAGCAGAUAGACAGUCAGGCAUCUCUCGGCAUUCCUGACGUGGUAGAGUAUUCUUUCACAGCUACGCAUCUGGCACGGUACCUCAAACUUGCAUUCUUCCGCGCAUGCGCGUUCCGGAGUCCCCUCGUACCAUACUACAUCGUCAUCACCGGGUUGUGUGUGAUAGGACGCAAUCCAUCAUUGCAUCCGAGCGACCUCCGCAUCGUCGAGGCCGUAGACAUCCCCAAACUCAGAUAUCUUCGGGACGUCGUCGUGCUCCCGGCUACCGGUGAUAGUGACUUCUCUUCCAUGUAUUCUGGCGGAGAUCUUGACAGUGACGACACCGUCUAUCUGGUGCCCUGA